AUGGCGGCCGCGGCGGCGCUCUCGGCGCGCGCGGCGCCCCUCCCCGGGCGGCGGGGCCGAGGGCGCGGAUCCCCGCCGGGCUGGGCCGUGGCGCGGCUCGAAGGCCGCGAGUUCGAGUACCUCAUGAAGAAGCGUUCGGUGACCAUCGGGCGCAACUCGUCGCAGGGCUCGGUAGAUGUGAGCAUGGGCCACUCGAGCUUCAUCUCGCGGCGCCACCUGGAGAUCUUCACGCCCCCGGGCGGCGGCCCGGAACCCGCGCAUUCCCGGCCGGACGCGGGCGGCGACUUCUACCUGCUCUGUCUCGGCAAGAACGGCGUGUUCGUGGACGGGGUGUUCCAGCGGCGGGGGGCGCCGCCGCUGCAGCUGCCGCGCGUGUGCACUUUCAGGUUUCCGAGCACAAAUAUCAAGAUAACAUUCACAGCCCUAUCCAGCGAGAAAAGAGAGAAGCAGGAAGCACCUGAGUCGCCAGUGAAGCCUGUGCAGCCACACAUCUCACCCCUGACCAUCAACAUUCCAGACACGAUGGCCCACCUCAUCAGCCCCCUUCCCUCCCCCACGGGAACUAUCAGUGCUGCAAACUCCUGCCCAUCCAGCCCUCGGGGAGCAGGGUCUUCAGGGUACAAAAUGGGCCGUGUGAUACCAUCUGACCUCAAUUUAAUGGCUGACAAUUCACAGCCAGAAAAUGAAAAGGAAGCUUCAGGUGGAGACAGCCCAAAGGAUGACUCAAAACCACCUUACUCCUAUGCACAGUUGAUAGUACAAGCAAUUACAAUGGCUCCUGAUAAACAACUUACCCUAAAUGGGAUCUACACAUACAUCACUAAGAACUACCCAUACUACAGGACUGCGGACAAGGGCUGGCAGAAUUCAAUCCGCCACAAUCUCUCUCUGAACCGUUAUUUCAUCAAAGUGCCACGUUCCCAGGAAGAACCAGGCAAAGGCUCCUUCUGGAGGAUAGAUCCUGCCUCCGAGAGCAAGCUGGUAGAGCAGGCUUUUAGGAAAAGACGGCCUAGGGGCGUGCCUUGCUUUAGAACCCACCUGGGACUGCUCUCCUCCAGGAGUGCCCCAGCUUCUCCCAACCAUGCUGGAGUGCUGUCUGCUCACUCCAGUGGCGCCCAGACCCCCGAGAGCCUGUCGAGGGAAGGCUCCCCAGCCCCUUUGGAGCCUGAGCCCGGUGCCUCACAGCCCAAACUUGCUGUCAUCCAGGAGGCGAGGUUUGCCCAGAGUGCACCAGGGUCACCUCUCUCUAGUCAGCUCGUCUUAAUUACUGUCCAGCGGCAGCUACCCCCGGCCAUUAAGCCUGUCACCUAUACUGUUGCAACCCCAGUGACCACACCCACCUCUCAGCCACCGGUGGUGCAGACGGUACAUGUUGUCCAUCAGAUACCAGCAGUGGCGGUCACCAGCGUGGCUGGACUGGCCCCGGCAAACACAUACACAGUUGCUGGACAAGCUGUGGUCACUCAGGCUGCGGUGCUGGCUCCUAAGACUGAACCACAAGAGAAUGGCGACCACAGAGAAGUCAGAGCAGUGGCAAGUCCUCUCCAUAUGUUGGCCACCCAUGCAUCAGCAUCGGCAUCCCUGCCCACAAAGGGCCAGAAUGGUGACCAGGCAGAGCAGCCAGAGCUCAAGCGAGUUAAAGCAGAAGAUGGGGAGAGCAUUGUCAUUGCCCUGAGCGUGGAUGCACCACCAGCAGCUGUGAGAGAAAAGGCGAUCCAGAACUAGUGUGGGAGGCCUUUUCUUCAGACAUCAACUUUGUGGUG